AGAGCGUUUGUAGUUUCGUGACAGUUUUGCCAACACCAUGUACUCUUUUAUCUGAAGCUAGUCAUUGUAAACAUGUGAUCAGCUCAUAUUUCGCUGAAUAUCUAAAUGUAUAAAUAUCCCAAUUGUAAAGGGAUAAAUGAGAAAUUAUUCAUAAUUUCUGGAAAUAAAGGAUCUAGUCAAGCAGAUCUGCCGCAAAUCGUCAUAUUUAACUUUUGAAUUUUGAAGUGUUUUCUCAUCUUCCAAGAUAUGUGUACACGCGACCUAUCGUCUCACUAUUAGUAAUUUGCUUAAUUAUUUGGGCUACUGAUACAGACUCUUAUAUGGAUUUCUUGCACGAAAAAAGUAUUCCGUAAUUCCUUCAUUAUUUUUGGAAAGAGUGCACACUCUAAAUAAAAAUAACUAAAAUUUACUCCAGGUUGAGUAAAAAAGAGGAUGACACAACCGAAACGUAAAAUUUACCCAACCAAAAGGUAAAAUUUACCCAACCGUUGUGCAAAAUUUACCGAACGGAUGAACAAAUUUUGCCCAACGGUUGGGUAAAUUUUACCUUUCGGUUGUGUCAUCCUCUUUUUUACUCAACCAUGAGUAAAUUUUAGUUGUUUUUAUUUAGAGUGUACAAUUAACAUUAAUGUGCUGGUCUCCCUUGUUCAGCGGACGAGCAUAAAGUCAAUACUUAUACACGUAUAUAUGUAUAUAUACCACGCAUAUCCAGAUAUCUACGUCGUACCCACAAACUCUAAAUUUGCGUCAAAUCCUAAUCAAAUCUGAUCGAUUAGAUCACUGAUUUUCCGAGAAUGAAAUUUAUCAUUUAUUACUUUACGAUGGGGGAUAUUGGUAAAUAUUAAGCGAAAUAUGCACUUUACACAAUUUUAUAAUUCACUCUGGCAUCCGACAAACAUGCUGACGCAAAUGCAUGCACAACUUGUCAGAAGUAUGGAUUUAUUCCUGCGUCGCUUUUUAUUUAUUUGAUAAAACUGCGAGAUACGUAAUUUUAACAAACCGACGCACUGUAACGUUAUUUGAAUUUUCGAAAUUCCAUAAUAAUAAUAAUUAUUGAUACAUUUAAGAAACCUAUUUUACCAGAAACCUUGAUCGUUUCAUCUACAUGGCAUUUCUUAAAAAAUCAUUUAUAAAAAUUCAUUGUUGAAAAAAUCCUGUAUCUAUAAAAAUAUUUUAUAAAUAUAAAUACAUAUACACAAACUUCAGGUUACUAUUUUUACCUAAUUGUAAACAUUGAUCAAAGAAGAAAAUAGAGAAACGACGACUUAUGCUUAAGAGUAAAAUGUGUGCGUCAUUUGUUAAACCAGGUUUUUGGUUUUAUACAUAAUUUGGUUUCUAUCGCUAAAGACAUGUACCUGAAAAUUUGGCUUUUUACCUGGACAAGAGCAUGAAUGAAAAACAAGGAAGUAGCCUAAAUUCAAGUAAUAAACCAGUCCAGUAGACAAAAUAUAAAACAAUCAAUGAAUGGAAACUUAAGCUGGACAAUACGUCCAAAUAAUUUUUUAACUUACGUAUUUAGAAGUUUCUCAUUAACUUUAUCAUGAAACAACUUUUAACUUUAGACAAAACAUUUGAUCAUAAAACUAUAGUCAACAGUAAUCAAGGCAGAUGCGGUGUGAAAUUCGCACUGGGAAUCUUUAAUACAUAAUUGCAUGUUCCAUUCACCUGUAAAAUUGGAAAUUGUUAUCUCGCCAAUUGUAACAGAUAAGUAUAACUAUGCGAUAUAACUAUGCGAUACCGAUAAAUAUGCGCUUCAGCGUUGCAAAAGUUAAUAACCCGCAACCUUGAACUUGAACUCAAUCAGUCGUGAUAGAAAUCCCAGUCAAAACUGUCAAAUUGGGCAGCCUCACUUCAUAUUAAAAACGCUACUCAAUAUUCCUGAAAGGCCAAAAUUACAAUAAAAUCUAAACUACUUCGAAUUAUCCAGUAUGUCAACUAAUUUCCCUACUCGUGAAGUGACAAAAAUCCUAAUUUACGAGGUGAGCCUUAUCGAACAAAGGGAAUGGUUUGCCGAAUUACUUGGAAUUAACCCAGCCCGUCGGAAGCAGUUAGGCAAUAAUUUCAAUACCGGGAAUAUUUCAGGUGAACAAUAUUUCUUUGAUUUGUUGUCGGCAUGGGUGCAACGUUUAGGGAGGGACGCUAACAUAACCAAAUUUUGUGGUAUCCUUGAGGGCGCAGAGUUUAAGCACGCUGCAGAAAUGGUCAAGACUAUGGCUGACGCGCUUAGGAGAGUAGACGACUUAUCAAGGCAUGCCGCUCGGGUGCCACAUUUAUCAAAGCCAUUUGUUGGACGGACACAAAAGAAGAAAGAACUCAUCAGUAACAAGACCGUCACGAAUGGAUGCAUCAUUUACGGACCGGACGGGAUUGGGAAGACACAGUUCGUCCUAAAAACCUUCGAGGAGGAAGGCAUCAGCUGUCAUUUUCUUAAUGGCGAAAGCAUUACGAAUUUGAGAGCAUCGUUAGAAAUGUAUGCCAGAGAACUUAACUGCAACAUUAAAAAGGGAGGUAGGGAAAAAUCGUUGACUAGAUUAUUCAAAUCCGUCUGUGAUAGGAAGAAUGGUACCAAGUUGGUCACCGUUAUCGAUGGACUUAACGGUAACGAUGAUGAGUUGACCGAGGUAAUAAAUAAUUUCAGUCAGCAUUGUCCCAGGGUUAAUCACUUCUUCGUGAUCACAACGAGAAAUACCAAUUUACACUUCAACAAUGAAUCAACCAGAUUUUGGAGUUAUCUGGAAUUACCCGUUUUCACAAAUGAAGAAGCCGACCAAUUUGUAAAAACGAUUCUUGCAGAUGAGAAUGCACACGAUAUCAGGGAACUUAAUGAGGAAUUAGGGAAUUAUCCAAAUCUAAUUAACCAAGCGGUUUGGAAAAUUGAACACACCAAGUACACGAAACGUGGGCUCUAUUCAAUUAGAAAUUUCUUGACUUACUACUUAAAGAUUAAAAAAACCCUUGAAGAAAUUAAUGUUCCUAUCAGCACAAUCAUGCAGGUGGUAAUAUACCAACUUUUCAAUUUCGAGAACCCUGACAAAGGGUUAGCAGCUCCAAUUCUGGAACUGCUAGCAUUCGUGAAGGCCGAUGGAAUUAGGUUGACGGACUUGAAAACUAUUUCACAUUAUUGGCAAGGUAUUGAUGUAAGUAGAGUAGAAGAGUCCAUAGGAUGGCUUAAUAAAUAUUCCUGUAUCUCGGAUUAUACUGAUUCUGGAAGUAGCGACAGGAUCAUAUCUAUUAAUCCAUCCCUGCAAGACGUUGUAAAAUUAUGUUUGCGUAAAUUAUACCCUGAAGAAAAUAUGGAAGCAUUACGUCUCAAACAUUUUUUCGACAAAUUGCCACUUAAUUUUAUAGAAACUUCACAACCAAGCAGACUUGCCCAAUUGGCUGGAAUCUGGCAGAUUUUUUCUAAGGCAUAUCUUACAACGUAUCAUAUCCCGCAUGAGAUGGCAAAGCACAUACAUGACAGAUAUGAAAAGCUGGGGCUUUUCUCAAGCGCGGAGUCGUUCAUUUUCGAUCAGCUAGACAAAUUUAUAGAUAUUUUAGGCAAUGACGAUUUAGGCACCUUAGCCAUCCGUAAAAUCUGUGGUAUCGCAAAGAGGAAUGUGGCAAAGUUUCCAGUGGCGGAAACCCUAUUUCGGGAAGUGCUGGAUCAAGAAAGGAGACAAUUAGUCGAAAACGUCCCAGAAACGCUGGAUAUUGAACAUUGGAUCGUGUCGAUGUUAUGGAGACAAAAAAAACGCGAACAGGCAGAAACUGAAAUCAAAGAUUUGAUUGAAAGAUGCAAAGCUGCAGGUGUGCAAACAAUCGAAAUGAAGGCUAAGCAUGUGCUAGGGUUGAUUCUAGGGGACCAGAAAAAAUUCAAAAAUAGCUUACAAAUACAUGUUGAGGUAUUGAAUUGGAGACAAAAAAAAUUACCUAGAGGUCACAACGAUAUUGUCGCGUCACUGCAUAACAUAGCGUAUUGUAAGUAUAAGUUGAAAAAUUAUGAUGGAGCUAUUUCAGACUUUAUGUACAUCCUUGGAAACUUCAGCAAAUCGCGAACUUUUGCUGAUUACUUGAGAUCAAAGUAUUGGAUAAUUAUGUGCGUAUCAGAAAAAGUUGGGGAAAGUCGACCCGAAAUAUUGUCCAGAUGCAUCAGCAAAUUGACCGAACUUCUUGGAAGCCAGAAAUUUCUCUUGCGUAAAAAUCAUCCACACAUUUUGGACACAGACAAGAGUAUAAAAAACUUUCAAGAAAAGUUAUCUAAAGAAAGGAUAUGCAACCGUACUCUGUUUUUCCGAGAUGUUAAUGGUUUCUUUUUGCGAUGAGCGAUUUAUUAGCGACAAAAAAAUCACAUUUAGUAAAUAUAAACCAUAUUUAACAUUAAUGAUAAAUAAUUGAAAUAUAUCUAAAUAGGACCAAUAUCUAUACAUAAAUGUUUAAAAUAUUUCAAGUAGGAUUUCGAAACAAAUCGUACGAUAAAAUUGUUGUGGACAACUGGUUUUGAGUAAGCAGGUUUUGAGGGAACUAAUUUUAAUUGUUAGAUUAUUAAUUUUAUUUCGUUCGCAACCAAAAAUGAGUAGAAUUAUCAAAUCGGAAAAUGAGAUGAUCACUUACGUAUUGUAUGUAUAUGAUUAGAAAUAUGCAUUGUUACCUUUCCAUGAAAUACCGUAAAUACUCUAUUUAUAGCCCUAUUCUAAUUAUAGCCGGGUCUGGAGGCCAGUAUUUCAGAAUUUUGGCCGGGUUUCUAAUUAGAGCCGGGUCUCUACAAAUCUGUAAUUAUAUCCUGUCUGGUCAACUGUAUGUAUUUCUAGGAUCUCUAGCAAAAUUCCGCACAUUCAGUUAAUUAACGAAUAAGAUUAAAUAUUAUAUACUCGUAACUAUAAAUUGCAUUUUUAAUAAGAAUGUAUACAAUUGUUACAAAAAAUUUGAAAAUCACCAAAUUUCGAUGAAAGACCAUGAUUUUAGUUUAGAUUUCAAGUGAAUGGUGUAUUACUUAAUUGCAUCUUGUUAAAUAAAAAAGAAAUUGUGUGAA